AUGUUUUCUCAGCAGUUUCAACUCGGUUCAUGCAGGUUGAAGUGUCGGGUGGUGGUGACGUUUGUCCGCCUGCUGGAGGAGAUGUGGCUGGGAAGGAGCUCCAGCUGUGCGCCUGUGGAAGCCAGGUCAGUGCUGUGCUCAAUCCUCCCCCAGUUCAACAACUACUCUCAGCAGGACGCCCAGGAACUGCUGCUCUUCCUCCUCAACGCACUCCACGACGACCUCAAUAAGCACAAGAUGCGCUCCUCAAAACGACCAAGACAAGACCAGAAGAGGAACUGUUUCCCUGCGGUGGGGGGGUCCACCAUCGUGUCACAUCUGUUCGAGGGCCAGCUGGCCUACAUGACCCUCUGCAUGCACUGCGACCACCAGACACACAGCACUCAGACCUUCACUGUGCUGUCACUGCCUCUCCCAACAGACAUCAAUAAGUGCUCCAUUCAGGACUGCCUGUCUCUGUUCUUCGAGCAGACCGUCCUGACCGGGGGGGAGCAGAUGUUGUGUUCCAUGUGUGGGCUGAGGAGAGAAACGACAGUCCUCACUUGUUUAGACAAACCUCCAGAGAUCCUCAUGUUGCACCUGAAACGGUUUGGUUGUAAGGGGAAGAACCAGAUGAAACUGAAGACUAAUGUCGAGUUCUCCUCGAUGCUCGACCUCUCCCCGUUUCUGUCCAGCUCAGUACAGAACAACUCAUUUUCUUCAUACCACCUUUAUGCUGUUGUGAACCACAUAGGUCACCUGAACAUGGGUCACUACACCGCUCUGUGCCACAACGCGCUGACUCGGACCUGGCACUGUUUUGAUGACUCAGCAGUCAGAGAGGUCCAGGACAGCCUUGUUCAAUCUCCCAAUGCCUACAUGCUGCUCUACAGCCGCAAGCCCUUCCAGAAGCCCAACAUCCACGGACUCUGAGCCCAGCAGGCCACAUGUGCUGUUUAAUGGAUACCCUGGUGUCUAUCGUUUGUUAAAAGAAGUCCAGGGUAAAUCAGUUAAGAAAGCAUUCUUUAAAAGAUAUCUGCUCUUUAUUUUCGCUGGCAUAACCACAACGGCUCUUUGAAUAAAUAUCCAAUAUUGUCUUGUGUGUAAUAA